UGUUGCCUUGGAAGUCGAAUUCAUUCCGCAAUUUGCAUCCAAGCUCCUCCAAGCAUCCCCUCAAUCCCCCCUCUCUUUAAUCAAGACAAUGGCUGGCCGUGCUGCUCAGAGCGCUACCAAGAGAUGGCUCGGUGACAAGGGCACGUGGCCCGUGCUGGUGACCUGCGUGGCCGCCUCCGCCCUGUGCACGGCGCAGUGCGUGCGCUACCUGGCCGGGCACCCGGACGUGAACUGGAACAAGCAGAACCGUCAGGAUAUUUUCCGCUACAAGGAGGACGUCGGCGCUGACUGGCAGUCGCACCGCCGCAAAAUCGCCACGAUCCACACGAACGUGAUCAACGAGGCCAAGGGUCUCAACAAAUAAGUCUCGACCUGCUGUGGCGUCCACACGAUUCGUGCGUGACAUUCGACCACCAAGACGACGUGGACCCAGUGCUGUAUUUUUACAUUUUACAGGCCCCUCUUGGGGAUUAGAGCGAAAUGCAAACACUUAUUUUGAUUCCUCUACUCUAUUAUUGUCAAUUAGAGUAUCUGUCGGCGCUAACUCACAUGUUAUUUUUUUAUUUACCC